AUGCUGCCGCCUUUCGAUUACUUCGAGCAUCGCCGAGCAUGCCAACGGAAACAGCUUGAACGAUCGACCCGUAUCGCCAAUCUACCUCCCUCAUACCAUAGUCCUAUCUCAUCUCAGGACCAUGAAAUACUGGACAAGCCCAUUGAGACCAUUGUCCAAGAUGUCCACAAGCAAGUCCUCAAACCGAUUGACAUCCUUCGAACCUACGGCAAAGUCGCCAUACAGGCACACGAGAAGAUCAAUUGCCUCACAGAAGUCAUGCUGCCUGAAGCAGAGUCGUGGGCAGAGAACGAGGUCAAUUUGAAAGGCCCGUUAGCGGGCAUACCUAUAUCUUUGAAAGACUCAAUAGCGGUUCGCGGCUUCGAUGUCAGCGUAGGAUAUUCGCGCAAUACAGGCAAACCUUACGCUGAGGAUGGUAGUUUGGUCAAGAUACUGAAAGCUGCUGGAGCCGUGCCCUACGUCAAAACCAACCUACCGACUACGCUUCUCUCCUUCGAAUCUUCCAACGACGUAUGGGGCCGCUGCCUCAAUCCACACAACCCAAAGUACUCCCCGGGAGGAUCUACGGGCGGCGAAUCUGCUCUUCUCGCCUACGGUGGUGGCCGUAUCGGCAUUGGCUCUGACGUUGCAGGCUCAGUACGAGUGCCUGCACACUUUUCUGGUAUAUACUCGUUAAGAUGUAGCACGGGACGUUGGCCGAAAAUGGGCAUGAAUACGAGUAUGCCUGGACAAGAGGGUAUACCAAGCGUGUUCAGCCCCAUGGCAAGGACGCUGGAAGAUCUAGUCUACUUCUCGAGGAGUCUGAUUGGGAUGAAGCCGUGGCUGUGGGAUCACACUGUACAUCCCAUUGAGUGGCGGAAGGAUGAAGAACGGAGAGUGAAAGAGACCAAGAAGUUUAAGAUCGGCAUUAUGAGGACAGAUGGCGUUGUCGACCCAUCCCCGGCCUGCGCCCGCGCACUCGAACGCACCGUAUCUGCUCUCUCUUCCCAAGGCCACACCCUCGUCGACAUCUCCCCACCCUCCCCGUACACCGCUCUCCUCAUCGGCUCCCAGCUUCUCAAUUCCGACGGCUGCAAAAUGUUCCUCUCCUUUUUCCGGACCGGCGAAACCAACGACCCGGGCGCUCGUCAAAUGUCACUGUAUAUGAAGAUGCCGCGGCCUUUCAAAUACCUCUACUACUUCUGGGUCAAGUAUGUAACGCGCGACAGUGUGUGGGCAGGUUUAUUGGAAAACUGGAAUGAGAAGAGCGCUUACGAGCAGUGGAAAUGGGUAUCAAAGCGAGAGGCUUACAAGGCGUGCUGGCAUGAAUGGUGGAAAGGGGAGGAAUUGGAUUUUAUGUUGACGCCGGUAAAUGCGACGCCGGCGGUGCCGCAUUGCGGGAUGAAGGAGGCGGUAAGUAGUUGUGGGUAUACGUUUUUAUUCAAUUUGCUUGAUUACACCUGCGGUGUCAUGCCCAUCACCCACGUAAACAAAGUGCUCGACAAGCUACCAGCAACUUUCCAGUUCAACAAACUAAAUGGCGUUGCUCAAGGUGCAUAUCGGCAUUACGACGCUGAAAAGAUGCACGGGCUGCCAGUAGCGAUCCAGGUGGUCGGUCAAAGAUUGCAAGAAGAGAAAGUGCUAGCGAUCAUGGAAAGAAUCGAAGAGGCAUUGGUGGAAACAGGUGGCAAGUACGACCUCUUAAAGAUAGAGUAA